AUGGUGUGGGGUGAGAAGAAAGGAAGGGGCAUGUUUCCUGAUGCUGUUGCCUUCUCGGCUUUUAUUGAUGGUUUGGCUAAAGCAGGUCUUGUGGAGGAUGCCUAUGAUGUGUUCUUAGAAAUGUGUAGGGCAGGGUUUGUGCCAAAUAAUUUUACAUAUAACUCUCUGAUAAAUGGGUUUUGUAACUGCGGAAAAGGCAAAAUGAAGUUGGCCAUCGAUGCAUUCAUGGACAUGCACGGGACUGGCAUUGGCCCUGAUGUUGUAACAUAUAACACUUUGAUUGCCGGGUAUUGUAAAGCAUUUGACAUGGUUAGUGCAGAUGACUUUGUGAAUAAAAUGCGUGCCAGCGGUUGGGACCCAGAUAUACACACUUAUAAUACUCGGAUCCAUGGUUUCUGUAGUAUCCGGAAAAUGAAUCGAGCGGUGGUGUUGCUGGAUGAGCUUGUCUCGGUGGGUGUUGUCCCAAAUAUAGUAACAUACAACACUAUGGUGAAUGGUGUUUGCAGUGACAUAGUGGAUCGUGCAAUGAUUAUUACUGCAAAAUUGAUCAAGAUGGCGUUUUUUCCAAAUAUCAUAACAAUUAAUACAUUAUUGUCUCACUUUCUCAAGCAGGGGAUGCCAGAGAGGGCCUUGAUGUGGGGUCAGAAGCUGACUGAGGUUAACUUUGAUUUUGAUGAGAUUUUCUAUAAUAUACUGGACAGAGCAUACCAAGAUAUACAAGCAGAUGCUGCCUUUUUCACAAGAACAUCUGAAAAGACAUUCUUCCUUGAUUUCCUUAUGUAUAUUACAUAUGAUUAUUUGUAUAGAAACAGAGCUCAAUGGGAAAAAGCUCAGGAUCCUCUUGAACUGAUUGAUGUUAGUUCAAGUAUGCACUGA